GAAUUCCAAUGAUUUCUAAAUGAUUCAUGAUGUCAUGUUUGGUAAUAAACACAACAUUUGCAGUGUAUAAAUGCAGCACACAGACAGCAGUGUCGUUCACAGAGAGCAGAAAGCAUGGCUCUGGUUCUGGUUCUGGUUCUGAUGCCCAUGGUUUGGGCUCAGCCGUACCCCAUACCACCAACCUGUUACACUAAAGUGCUGAACAUGGGCACAGAAAUCACUCAAAGAGCGGCGGACAUUAAAAAAGACCACGACACUUACAGAUGCGCAGCUCACCUGCCCGACCUGUACGUCGAUAUUCAUAACGCUUGUGUGAUGUCCACGAUGAACUCUUAUGUGUCUCUGCUGGGCGGCCUGAGAGAGCGCCGGUGUUCCUACAACAGGAAAGUGCAAACACUCGCUGCCAUGAUUAGACAACUCUAUAUCAUCAUAUCACAAAAAUGUCACGGGGACUUGGUUUUUACCCAUGAUAACUGUGAAGCAUUACAGUCCAGAGGACGGAGAGGCUGAACUCAUCACUGCAGGAGGAUUGGACCAAGAUCACGAAGAGCCCAUUUCUCAGCAUGAUAACAGAUGUUAUUCAUAAUCAGUAGUUUCAAAAAAAUAAUAAAAAAAUAAACAUUUAUACGAUUUCAACAUUUUUUUUUUCAUUUAAAAGUUUUUAAACAAUUAAGAGGUAACAUUUUUCUUCCAUCUAAACGUUCACAUCAUCAUCAUGAUUUCAGGUUUUUGAAAAAACAAACAAAAAAGUUUUCAAUGUUUUUAUCACAUGAUAAUAAUAUAGCAUCUUGCAGAUUGGUUACAUGACUCAGACUUUGAUUUGAUGGACAAAAUCUUUUUCGCAUAUUAUUACGAAAAUGAACAUUCCCUUCUUUUAUAGGAAUAACAUUACAAAAUAGCUUAUGCUAAAGUUGUUCCCCUUGAC